AUGGCCAGCUCUGGUGAAAAGAGUGGGACCCAGCCUCAGUUCAUCCGCGGCUCCAGUAACGUAUGCAGCACUAGAAACACCACCAUUCGUCUUCGGGACAUUUAUGAUCCUAAGCCUCCUGCUGCCAAAGCCCCAGUCCGGAUACGCCCUCCAGGUCCAAGAACUCCCUCAGUGAAGGAACUCAAUUUAAAGCCCAGCUUGUCCAGUGAUCCACCAGUCAAGACGAUCAUGAGAAGACGAGCUAAGUCUCUUCCGUCGACUGCAGAAAGGAAAAAGGAGCUUAGGAGCCUGCAGGUGCGCUUUGUGGACUCGUUGGGCAUCGAGUUAGAAGAUGUAAAGGUCUUUAAAGUUCAAGAGCAUCCCCUGAUACCCCAACAUGUUAUGUUCAGACUACUGAUGAGCUCUGAACUGGCUUUCGGGAAGUCAUUGGAGCUGUCCCUGCCUUACUUCAAACCUUGUUUCCCUGAAAAUAUGAGGGCUCAACCAGACUUCCUGAAGCGUCUCUAUGCUCAGAGUGUGUGUCUGGAGCAGGUCCUGUGUUCAGAGCAGGGGAUUACAGGCACUAUACAAGUACUUAAUUUAGCUUAUGAGAAGCAUAUCACAGUGCACUACUCUUUCACCAACUGGAGAACACAAACUCAAACAACAGCAUCCUGGAUUUCAAGUGGGCACCGUGGAGAAAUUGAUGCUCCAGAAACUGAUAUCUUCAGAUUCCGUCUGCCUGUCCCACCGUUCAUUUUGCAGCCAGGAGCCAUUUUAGAAUUUGCCCUCUGCUACCAUGUAAAAGGAUCUAAUUAUUGGGACAACAACAAUGGACAUAAUUACAAACUGUCAUGCCACAGUUACAAUGUGACUGUGCCAAGGGAGUGUGAGGACAGCAUGUUGCAUUUUACCUGAGUGUCCACAUGGAGGAGCUGUAACACCUGUAAACAGAUAUGACAAAAACCAGCAACAUGCUUUACAAUAAUAACUAUUACCAAUGUUUCAUUUCACUUCUUACAAGAAGAGGUAGGAUGUAACUUUAUAACAUUUUUAAGGUACCUUUCCACUUUAUACUGUAUUUUACUGAACUACAUAACAAAUAUAUAAAAGAAGAACUGUAAGCCCAAAAUGCAUGUAUGAGGCUUCCUUAAAGGGUAACAUCUUCUAGCUCAGUAAAAAGAAGAAAAAAAAAGUUUUUUGGUCCAACCCU